AUGGGGUCGCCCACGGCGGCCAAGAGCAUAGUGAAGCAGCGCAUCUGGCGUCACCGGCUCGUCGCGCCGUUCGCUGCCGUUCUUGUCACGGCCGUCCUCGCCGUCGUCGUAUUCUCCGGCCUGUUCUCGCAGGAUCCAAACGCCACCUCGGAGUUCACUGCCGUAAAUGUGGGUAACACCCGGCCAGUGCGCAAUAAGUCGGAAUCCACAGGUUUAGUUCAGAACACAACAUGCACACCUCGAACUGGAACAACCAUCUGUGAUCUCUCCAACCAGCGCUUCGACAUCUGUGAGCUUUGUGGUGAUGCUUGCACCAUUGGUCGCUCCUCCACUGUAAUGUAUGUCCCACAGUCCCUUACUUCCAAUGAUGAAGAGUGGAAUAUUCCAGCACAGUCACGGAAAAGCCUUCCAUGGAUCAAGAAGGUGACUGUCAAAACCCUGAAGGCUUCCCAACAGGUGCCAAGUUGCACAUCCAGGCAUGCCAUACCAGCCAUUGUCUUUGCAUUAGGCGGGUUUACAGCGAAUGUCUGGCAUGACUUCAGUGAUGUUCUUGCCCCUCUGUUUCUUACUGCCCGCCAGUUUGACCAAGAUGUCCAACUACUUAUCACCAAUAAUCAGCCCUGGUUCAUCAAGAAAUACUCAGCAAUUUUUCAUCGCCUCACGAGACACAAUAUUAUUGAUUUUGAUGCAGACGAGGAGGUCAGAUGCUAUCCACAUGUCAUUGUUGGGCUGAGGAGCCACUGGGAUCUUGGUAUUGAUCCAAACUCUACACUGCAGAACUACACAAUGAUGGAUUUCCGUUUGUUUGUCCGUGAAGCCUAUGGAUUACCUGCACCUGAAGUGGAUAUACCAUACAGGGCUGACAAAGAUGACUUUGAAAAGAAGCCCCGGAUAAUGCUCAUUAACCGGGGCAAGACAUGA